AUGCGGAAGGAUUUCCAGCGGUCCUCAUUAUUUGAAAACCUUGGAGAGGACGCAGAGGCGGCCGCAUUUGAAUUCGUUGGGACCGUCUUCUUUUUACUUUUUGGCUUGGGGGGCAUUCAAGCAGCAACAGCAGAAAGCGCCACAGAUAACACACCAUCAACGGGGGUUAACCAUGUCAUGUACGUCGCAACAUGUAUGGGCCUAAGUUUGCUUGUAUCCGCGUGGUUGUUCUUCAGAGUGACUGGCGGUUUGUUUAACCCCAAUGUAUCUCUGGCGUUGUUCCUAGUCGGAGGACUUGGUCCGGUACGAUUUGUGCUUUAUUGUAUUGCACAAAUGGUUGGAGGGAUCGCGGCGGCGGCCAUUGUUCGAUCAUUGACUGCAGCACCAUUAGGCGUAAAUACAUUUCUAGCUCCAGGAAUAAAUCGUGCCCAAGGCGUUUUUAUAGAGAUGUUUAUCACAGCGGCACUCGUCAUUGCUGUAUUGAUGCUGGCAGCAGAAAAGCACCAUGCUACCCCUUUCGCACCGGUUGGCAUUGGAUUAACGAUGUUCGCGUGCCAUCUAUUUGCCGUUUACUACACGGGUGCUGCCAUGAAUACAGCAAGAUCGUUUGGACCAGCCGUCGUGUCUGGCUUUCCAGUCCCAAAUCAUUGGGUUUACUGGCUUGGUCCUUUUCUAGGAUCACUUCUCGGGGCGUCCAUUUACGCAAUAUUGAAGCACUACCGCUAUUGGAAUCUUGUUCCACACCAAGCUACACGGGACUUUGAAAAAUCGCCGGGCGAUCCCGUUAAAGAGGUUAAACGAGUGCUGACAGGUAAAAGAAAGAGUGAAGAUAUUGAACAAGACGUGGCAAGUAAAUCCACUAGUGGGUUUGGAAGUGAGCAACGGGUGUAA